AUGGUCAAGUUUUAUAGAGCAAAGUUCUACCAAUUGGUGGCAAGCUUUGAAUUCAAGGUUUUAGCCUGUCUCUUUCUUGGAUAUUUAUUGAUUAAUGGUAUUUCCAUAUAUACCUCUAGUUUCAAUGGUGCUACUUGUGCCUACGUUAAAAAUGAUGAAAGUGCUACUGGACUUGCUGAAAUAGCUGUUAGAUUGAAUGUCUUAAAUGUCAAUGAAAAUUAUGAUGCUACUACUUUAAAAUUUCCAGUAUUGCUUUUCAAGUAUACCGAUCGUGAAAACUUUACAAACAUUCCUACCUUAGACGAAUUUAGAAAAUAUUAUAAGUCAGAUGAUAUCGAAUUUGGAGAUGAUUUGAUUGAUUCAGAUCAUAAGUUCAGAUUGGAUGUGGCGAAAGGUAAGACAUUAAAUGAAGAAGAGUUAUACAAUGAUUAUGUCAUGCUCUAUAACUCAAGCUUCAAAGGAGAGCCUCAUAUGCGUGCUAGUUUCAAAGUCAAGAGAUCAGGAUUAUAUUGUGCUUAUAUAGCCACUCCUGCCAUUGAUGGUCCUAAGAGAAUUAUUAAGUUGGGUAUUGCAUUCAAAAAUUCCUUUGGUGAUCUCAGCUAUUAUUCUCAUUUACUUUCUUCUCAAAUGAAAUAUUUUGUUGCUAUCGGUAGUGUUCUUGCAGUAUACUUUCAAUUCUACACUCAAAGAUUCAGAAAUCAAAGAGACAGUGAGGCUGGAUCUAAAUUGAUUCCUGUAACUAUCAUAAGAUUAGUUACUAUGAAGGUCUUUUUGGACAUGUUUUCAUUAAUUUGUUUCUACGCAUCAAAUUAUGAAAAUAUUUUUAAUGCUCUAUUUGAUUUGGUUCUGCAUUGGAAUCUGAUUUUGAAUCUUUUAACAUAUUGUUUCAUAUAUAGUAUUGUUUCGGUAUAUGGUCCUCUUUGUGCAAUAACUACCAAGUUCGAUUUCAAUGAUCCAGUACCAAGAAUAUGGGGAAUAUUGCUGGCGCUUGGAGUUUUGUUAACUGAAGAAUUUAGAGACACAUUCAAAAAUUCAUAUACUGCUAGACUAUUCUCAGAUAAGGAGACAGAUUUAUUAUUCAUUUCAAGUCAGUUGGUACCCAUUGUGUGGAAAGUUUUCAUUGUUGCAAGUUUUAGACGUACAAAGAAAGCUAUGCUAAUCAACAAUGAUACUCAAUAUUUGAAACCACUCAAACAUUCAUUAGCUUUCUUGAUUAUCUCUCCUAUCAUCUUCACUGCUCUUACUAGCUUUGUGUUCAAAACUAGUUUUAUGCAAGUAUUGUUAUUCAAUCCUUUGUAUGAUAUUCCUGCGACUAUUAAGAGUUUCAAAGUUGUAUACUUUGAUCUCGUCAACACAAGUGUAACAGAAGUUGCUAAAUUAGACCCAAAUCUUAAUUUAGCCAGUAUUUGGAGUAAGCAAUUGACUAUCUAUGCUAAUGCUAUUUUUUUAUUUUUCAUGUGGAUCAAGAAUAAUAAGGGAUUACUGUAUGUGGUUGAAGAUUUUGAAGCAAAAUAUGAACCGUUAGAUGGUGAUGUGAAUGAAUCAGAAGAGGAGGAAGCAGAAGAGAUUCAUGCUUAA